UUUUUUUAAUACAUAUAAAUAUACAUAUACCAUUUAGCAAUUUUACAUUACAUAUUUAUUAUUUUAUUUUAUUUUUUUUGAAUAAGACAAACAUCAUGUCGUCCUUACUUAGCUUCCAACUUCGACAAGAGAAAGAACAGCAGCAAAGGAUGCUUAUUGUUGAAAAAGGUCAUCAAACUAGUACAGCAAAUGGACUUCCUUCACCUCCAAAUUCCUUUUGUGGUGAAGAGUCAUCUACAUCUGCAGCUCCUGUUGUCCUAAUUAACGAACAGAAAAAACGAAGAGACUCACUCCAAACAGUCUUUAAUGAUAUGUCUAUUAAAGACUAUUCAACUUCUAUGCCAGAAAACUAUACAAUUGAUCAUUCAUUAAUACCAUUACCCGUAAGUCAUAAACGAAGUCUACACGCAACUUCUUCUACAAGUACUACAGCAACUGCUACAGCAGCAGCUACUGGAGGACUAACUAUCCGUAACCGUCGCCAAUCAGAAAUAAAUAUUAGUAGUUCUGCAGGUAGAAGAAAGAGUACUUUUACUAUUAAUCGAGGUCUUUCGGAAUCAUUUAGUGGACAAUACCGAUGCAAUGACUGUGGAAAGUCAUAUAAAAGCCCCAAUUGUUUACAAAAGCAUCGUUGGGAGCAUUCAGAGGAAUGGGAAAUUACAAAAAAAUUACCUUUAACAAAGCAUCAACAAGUCCAGAUGCUUGAGGCUGCUGCUAUUUUGAUUAAUAUGGAACGUAGAGGCUCUGAGAAAAAAUUAUACACUCAAAGCGAUGAUAUAUCACAACAAAUUGAGAAUAGAAAAACUAUUAUUUCAGAUGAAGAAGAAGAUGAAGUUGAGUCGAUUGUCAUUGACGAUGAAGAUGGAGACCUAGAGAAUCUUUCUAUAGGAUCAAAUGAAUCUUCUGGUAUUUUUAUUGAAGACCUUUAACAGCGUACAUUUAUAUAACAAAAAAAAAAAAAAACCUCCCCCCUCCCCUAUAUUUACAUAACACUUUUUAUAUAUACACAUAUAUAAGCAUAUUUUAUAUAUUACAUUUCUAACUUUUACCCUUUUAUAAUCAACUGUAAAACUACUAUUAUAAUCUCUUUACUAUGCACUCUCCUUCUACUUCUCCCUAGUAUCAUUUUUUAUUUUAUUUUAUUUUUUUAUACAUGACCAAAAAAACAAAAAACAAAAAAAAAGGACUAAUAUAACUAUAUAUACAUACAUAUU